UGAACAACCUACUAAUAUUUCGGAGGAAAUAUUGAAAGCAAAGAAAAGUAUAAUUGUAGAAGAGGAAUUAAUAAAACCAAAAACAAAAGAAAUCAUGAUUCAAACGGUGGAGGCUCUAAAUAAAAACCAAGGGAUUCCCUUAUCUAUAAAAUCUACUCUUGAAAAAUCAAAAGAAGAACCGCAGCAGAGAAAAGUAACCGAAAGUACCAAUCAGAAGAAUUAUUCGGUUCAAAUUAUUUCUCUUAAGGCAGUGAAACCGAAAGCAGCAUCACAAUCUCCAUCCAUAUCCUUAUCAACAUCAGUAUCACCAACUAAAACAAUUACUGCUUUCGCUGAGACACCGUUUACGUCGGCAAAAGAAAUUCAUGAUCCCGGUAUGCCUAAAAACAAUGUUAAUAAACAGCCAGCAGUUAAGUCUGAACCAAAAGUGCACAAUGAGAAAGUAGAAAGUAGUUCUAAUCCAGGAAUAUUAUAUACUGUAGAAACUAGAGAUGGUUUUCGUUAUUCUUCCAACUCGGUUUCUGAUCUUUGGUCGAAAGUUUUUGAAGCGGUUCAAGCUGCCAGAAUCGCUCAUAAUAUGGCUCCUUUGCCAUCGAAUGGAUUAAACCUGAUAAACAAUUUACAAUUGCUUGGUUUAAAAGCAAACAGCUUACGCUAUCUUUUAGAACAACUUCCUGGGGCAUCAAAAUGUGUAAAAUAUAAACCUAAUUUUAAUUUUAAUACAGCUCAUAGUUCUGUCGAUGAUGAUAUACUCAUAGGACAAUCUUAUGGGGCUAUUAGAUGUGCUCCUUACAAUAAAAGGCACGAAACAAAUGAUAUGUUUGGAUGGUUAGCAUCGAAACAUAGAAAAUUAGAAGACCACACUACACUAAACGAGAUUCAGCCUAGUAGCAUUUUAUUUAGGAGAAGUUCGGUCACGAAUCUUCCCAUGGCAAUGAGAUUCAGGCAGCUUCGACUAUCUUCAAAAAUCUCUGUUGGCGUCUAUAGAUCAAGUAUACACCGAAGAGGACUUUUUUGCUUAAGAGACAUCGAAAGUGGAGAGAUGGUUAUUGAAUAUGCGGGAGAGGUAAUUAGAUCUGUGCUUACUGAUAAGAGAGAAAAACAUUACAACUCAAAGGGGAUUGGAUGCUACAUGUUCAGGAUCGAUGAUAACUUGGUUGUUGAUGCAACCAUGAAAGGAAAUGCUGCCAGAUUUAUAAACCACUCAUGUGAUGUAAGUAAAAUAAUUUAUAUAUAUUCUAAUUUAUAA